AUGAGCUACCGGAAAGGCGCGGCGGUGUGGGUGGAAGACAAGCAAUGCGCCUGGGCGGAGGCGGAGGUGGUUGAUGUCCGAGAUAAAUCCGUGGUGGUGACAACCUCUCAAGGAAAGAAGAUCACGACCUCUCCCGAGAAAUUGCUGCCCAGGGAUCCGGAGGCAGAUCUUGGAGGAGUGGAUGAUAUGACGAAAUUGACGUAUCUCAACGAGCCGGGAGUUCUUUAUAACCUCUCAAGGAGAUACGCUCUCAAUGAGAUAUAUACAUACACGGGAAGCAUCUUGAUUGCAGUCAAUCCAUUCACGAGGCUUCCUCAUCUUUAUGAUGGGCACAUGAUGGACCAGUAUAAGGGUGUUCGAUUUGGGGAGUUAAGUCCGCAUGUUUUUGCUGUAGCUGAUGCUUCAUACAGGGCCAUGAUGAAUGACACCUGCAGCCAGUCUAUCCUGGUCAGUGGAGAAAGUGGGGCUGGAAAAACUGAAACGACGAAGCUUAUUAUGCAAUACUUAACAUAUGUUGGUGGUCGGGCUGUUGGAGAUGACCGAACAGUCGAGCAACAAGUCUUGGAAUCAAAUCCACUUUUAGAGGCUUUUGGUAAUGCAAAAACAGUUAGAAAUAAUAAUUCCAGUCGUUUUGGGAAGUUCGUCGAAAUCCAGUUUGAUCAAAGUGGUAGAAUUUCUGGUGCUGCAAUUAGAACCUACCUUUUGGAAAGAUCUCGUGUUGUGCAGAUUACAGAUCCUGAAAGGAAUUACCACUGUUUCUAUCAGCUAUGUGCUUUUGGAAAGGAUGCAGAAAGGUACAAGCUUGCCCACCCAAGCAACUUCCAUUACUUGAACCAGAGCAAAACAUAUGAGUUAGAUGGAGUAAGCAGUGCACAAGAAUAUUUGCAGACACGAAGGGCAAUGGAUAUUGUUGGUAUAAGUCUUAUUGAUCAGGAAGCUAUAUUUCGCACCUUGGCUGCUAUCCUUCAUCUUGGAAAUGUUGAAUUUUCUCCUGGAAAAGAACAUGAUUCAUCCAUCAUAAAGGAUGCGAAGUCUAAUUUUCACUUUCAGAUGGCUGCUGAACUGUUUAUGUGUGAUCAGAGCCUUCUGCUCGCAACCUUGUCUUCACGUUCCAUACAAACUCGUGAAGGAAGUAUUGUUAAAGCACUUGACUGUGCUGCUGCUGCAGCUAGUCGUGAUGCUUUAGCUAAGACUGUAUAUGCUCGUUUAUUUGACUGGCUCGUUGAACAUAUUAAUAAGUCUGUUGGACAAGAUGUUGAUUCUAGGAUACAGAUUGGAGUUUUGGACAUCUACGGCUUUGAAUGCUUUAAAAAGAACAGUUUUGAGCAGUUCUGCAUUAACUUUGCUAAUGAGAAGCUUCAACAACAUUUCAAUGAGCAUGUAUUUAAGAUGGAGCAGGAAGAAUACAAAAAUGAGAAAAUUAAUUGGAGCUACAUUGAAUUUGUAGAUAAUCAAGAUGUUUUGGAUUUGAUUGAAAAGAAGCCGAUUGGAAUAAUUGCCCUCCUGGAUGAAGCUUGUAUGUUUCCAAAAUCAACACAUGCAACAUUUACAAGCAAGUUGUUUCAAAGCUUCCGAGCACAUCUGAGAUUGGAAAAGCCAAAGUUUUCUGAAACAGAAUUUACUUUGUCUCAUUAUGCUGGAAAGGUGAUAUAUCAAACAGAUUCUUUUUUGGAUAAAAAUCGAGACUAUGUUGUUAUAGAACAUCGCAAUUUGUUAUCUUCUUCAAAAUGCUCUUUCAUUUCUGGGCUUUUCGCUUCAUUGCCAGAGGAACCAUCAAGAUCUUCUUACAAGUUCUCUUCAGUUUCUUCUAGAUUUAAGCAACAACUCCAGGCACUAAUGGAAACACUCAACUCAACAGAACCUCAUUAUAUUCGGUGUAUAAAGCCUAAUUCUUUGAAUUCUCCUCAGAAUUUUGAUAAUCAGAGUGUCUUACAUCAGUUACGAUGUGGGGGUGUUCUUGAGGCAGUUAGGAUAAGUCUUGCUGGUUAUCCUACACGGAGGGCAUAUUCUGAAUUUGUAGAUCGUUUUGGAAUCCUAGCUCUAGAAUGUAUGGACGGAAGGUUUGAUGAGAAGUCUAUCACAGAAAAAAUAAUAAAGAAGUUGAAACUUGAGAAUUUCCAACUUGGCAGGACCAAGGUUUUCCUUCGGGCUGGUCAGAUUGCAGUUUUAGAUUCUCGGCGUGCUGAGAUUCUGGAUAAUGCAGCAAGGAUUAUUCAGGGGUAUUUACGAACAUUUAUUGCUCACAAGGAAUUUGUUAUAACUAGGAGGGCUGCAAUUACUCUCCAAGCAUAUUGCCGGGGCUGUUUGGCUCAAAGUAGAUAUGAAAUUAAAAGACAAACAGCAGCAGCUCUCACAAUUCAAAAAAAUAUACGAAGAUGGAUAUUACACUUUGCUUUCUUGCAUAGUUGUUCAGCAGUUUUAGUCAUUCAAUCUAGCAUUCGAGGUUAUGCCGUUCGCCAAAGUUUCAUGCGCAUGAAGGAGCAUAGGGCUGCAAUGCUGAUCCAGGCACAAUGGAGGAUGAGAAAGAUCUCCUCGCUUUAUCAGCAAUAUCAACAUGCUGCAAUAUCCAUACAAUGUGCUUGGAGGCGGAAGCUUGCAAAAAGAGAGCUUAGGAGGCUCAAAUUGGCUGCAAACGAAGCUGGUGCAUUACGUAAAGCAAAAGACAAACUUGAGAAGAGUUUGGAAGAUCUUACAUUGCGACUAACACUAGAAAAAAGAUUAAGAGUAGCUGCUGAAGAUUCAAAGGAAGCAGAAAUUUCAAAACUUCAGAAAGCUUUGGAGUCAUUGAAUGCUGAGUUGGAAGCAGCCAAAUUGGCCACUAUUAGUGAGUGCAAUAAAAAUGCCUUGCUUCAAAUUCAGUUGGAGUCGUUGAUGAAGGAUCAAGAAACUAUAAGGAGUAGUCUUGUUGAAAUGGCAGAACUGAAUAAGGAGAACUUGUUAUUGAAGAGUUCAUUGGAAUCUCUUACAAAAAAGAACUUGGAAAUGGAGCAGGAGCUUCUGAAAGCUCGAGAAUGCAGUCAUGAUACUUUGGAUAAGUUGCAGGAUGUGGAAUCAAAAAAUUUGCAACUUCAUCAGAACUUGCAUAACUUGGAGGAGAAGCUUGCAAACUUAGAAGAUGAGAAUCACUUUCUGAGGCAAAAAGCAUUAAGCUUAUCUCCCAGGAAGAACCUAGUUGGGGUUCUAAAACCUUUUACUGAGAACUAUUCAGUGGCAUCCGUGCUUUCCAAUAUCAACCACAAACCUGUAUUUGAAACUCCACCACCUGCAAAUCUUUUUCCAUUUCCUCACAGCUUAGUCGACUCACGAAGAUCAAGGAUGACUGAGAGACAUGAGGAGUAUCACGAACUACUUCUGAGGUGCAUAAAGGAAGAUUUGGGGUUUAAAGAUGGUAAGCCAGUUGCAGCUUGUAUCAUAUAUAAAUGCCUAGUCCAUUGGCGAGUUUUUGAGGCCGAGAGGACGACAAUUUUUGACUACAUAAUUGAGGCAGUCAAUAAUGUUAUCAAGGUGGACAAUGAGAAUGAUGUCUUGCCAUAUUGGCUGUCCAAUGCUUCUGCACUUUUAUGCCUCCUGCAGAGAAAUCUACGAUCAAAUGGAUUCCUUACAACACCUCGAUGUUCUACUGGGUCUUUCCCAUUGAGUGGAAGGAUGACACAAGGUGUAAAAUCUCCUACAAAGCUUAUUGGGCUAGAAGAGUGCUGGUCGCAUGUAGAUGCUCGAUAUCCAGCUAUGCUAUUUAAGCAGCAAUUGACGGCCUGCUUGGAGAAGAUAUUUGGAUUGAUUCGUGAUAAUUUAAAGAAAGAGAUAUCACCACUUCUAAGUCUUUGCAUUCAGGCACCUAAAUCUACUCGAGGAGCAAGCGGAAGGAGAUCUAAAUCGCCUGAUGGUACUGUUCAGCAGCCGAUAAGCAGUCAUUGGGAUCGCAUCAUCAAAUUUUUGGAUUCUUUUAUGGACCGCUUACAUAAAAACUAUGUACCUUGCUUUUUUAUUCGCAAGCUUGUCACCCAGGUUUUUUCCUUUAUCAAUAUCCAGCUUUUUAAUAGUCUGCUGCUGCGACGUGAAUGUUGCACAUUUUCUAAUGGGGAGUAUGUAAAAUCUGGGCUUGCGGUGCUGGAGAAGUGGAUUUCUGACUCUACAGAGGAGUUUGCAGGUACAUCGUGGCAUGAGCUAAACUAUAUCAGACAAGCCGUUGGGUUUUUGGUUAUACAUCAGAAGAGGAAAAAAUCUCUUGAAGAUAUAAGGAAAAAUCUUUGUCCGGCAUUGAGUGUAAGGCAAAUUUAUCGAAUAUGCACAAUGUAUUGGGAUGACAAAUAUAGUACGCAAAGCGUCUCAAAUGAGGUCGUUGCAGCAAUGAGGGAUAUGGUGAACAAAGACUCUCAAAAUCUUAUUUCAAAUUCAUUUUUACUGGAUGAUGAUCUGAGGUAAUUUCUCCACAAGGAGAGAGCUUGUUUGGGCUAGCAAACAUUUAAUAGAAUGUUCUAGGCUCUUCAA